GCGAUGGGAUAGCGUCGGCGAAGCAAGCGGCGCCUUCAUUCAGUCGCUUAAAUCGUCGGCCAUCUUGUGUAGCGGUAGGGUGCGGUUGAACCGGUGAGUCGAAAUUGAUAUUAAGCGGUUAUUAAUCGAUUGCGGAUAAGAAAAUGGCGACGAAAACAACAAGGAGAACGACCACGACCACAACAACAACGUCGCAGCAGCAGACGUCGGCCAGUCAGACACCUCAAAUGUCAUCGUCCAUCGAAAAAACCAAUUCGCCAUUAAGUCCGACGCGUAUGACUCGGAUACAAGAAAAAUUAGAAUUGCAGAAUCUUAACGAUCGUCUGGCCACUUAUAUCGACAAAGUCAGGCGAUUGGAGGCAGAAAACAGCCGUUUGAUCCACCAAGUGCAGAGCAGUCAGGAGACUGUCACAAGAGAAGUGACCAGCAUCAAGUCUAUGUACGAGCAGGAACUGUCCGAUGCCAGGAAACUCUUGGACGAAACCGCUAAAGAAAAGGCUAAACUGCAAAUCGAAGCGUCCAAAUACAAAACCGAAGCCGACGAAUUGCAUUUGAAAUUGGGUAAAAAAGAAAAGGAUCUGGCAAGCGCCGAAAAGAGACUGAUCAAUUUGGAGUCUUUGAAUCAGGAUCUGCAAUCCAGACUUAACCAGGCUGUUGCCGAAAGAAAACGAAUGGAGGAAGGAUUAAAAGAGGCAGAAGCUGACAGAGACAAAUUGAAUAAACAGUUGGCAGCAGCCAAGACACAGUUGGAAGAAGAAACCUUGAUGCGAGUUGACUUAGAAAAUAGAGUGCAGAGUCUUAAAGAAGAACUCAAUUUUAAAGAAUCCGUACAUGAAAAGGUAUUUUUCUUUAGACAAACUGAUGGCAUCUUUAUGGGCUCUUGCAUCGGCCCCAAACUUGCUGAACUUUGCAUGAUCAACAUAGACAAUAUCAUCCAUAAACUACAAGGUGUAAUAUUCUACAACCGUUAUGUCGACGAUUGCUUUGUUAUUUAUAACAAACAAUUAACCAACCCUCAUAUCAUACUUCAUCAGGCCAACAAUAUCCAAAAAAACAUCCUUUUCGAAUUUGAAAAUGAAAACAACAACAAUCUCAAUUUUUUAGACAUCACCAUACACAGACAUAACAAGCACAUUACUUUUAAAAAAUAUAUAAAACCAUGUAACGUCAAUAAAGUAAUAAAUUUCCACUCCAGCACACCCAUGUACAUUAAAAAGAACAUAUUCAUGAUGUAUAUCAACAAAAUCAAAACUCGUACUAGUAAUAUUACUAACCAAAACACCGAAAUUGACCAAAUUUACCGCAUUUUUCAAUUAAAUAACUACCCCAACAGAAUCAUCUACCAAUGGCUACACAACCCCCCUUCUCGUCAACCCAAACCAAAAACACAGGUAACUUACAAAAAGUUAGUUUAUAUCCCUACUAUUUUUGAAAACAUCCAAAAGAUCUUAACACCAUAUAACAUUAUUUUAGCUCCCACACUAAACAAUAAAAUCAAAAAUUCCUUAAAAAUCAAUGAACAAAGUAAUAGUAACACAGACAUUUUACUUAAUAACAAUCUAGUCUACAGCUUUGCCUGUACUUGUCAUCCUAAAUUCUAUUACAUAGGUGAAACCAGUAGAGUACUAAAAACCCGGAUAAAUGAACAUAUUAGAGCCAUAAAAUAUAAUUACAUCAACUCUGCAGUUGCUACUCAUUGCAACCAAACUGGCUGCGAGAUCUCACCCGACAGCAUCAAAAUACUUAAAAGGGAAAAAAACAUUUUUAAAAGGAAAUUCUACGAACAUAUCGAAAUUAUUAAAACUAAAGAAACACACAGAAUGAACUUAAAUACUGGUACUGUCAUAAAUGACAUCUGGCAGCCUUUCCUAAGAUGCAAAGCCCAUCUUAAUGGUCACUAUCUCAGAUUGGGUAAAAAAGAAAAGGAUCUGGCAAGCGCCGAAAAGAGACUGAUCAAUUUGGAGUCUUUGAAUCAGGAUCUGCAAUCCAGACUUAACCAGGCUGUUGCCGAAAGAAAACGAAUGGAGGAAGGAUUAAAAGAGGCAGAAGCUGACAGAGACAAAUUGAAUAAACAGUUGGCAGCAGCCAAGACACAGUUGGAAGAAGAAACCUUGAUGCGAGUUGACUUAGAAAAUAGAGUGCAGAGUCUUAAAGAAGAACUCAAUUUUAAAGAAUCCGUACAUGAAAAGGUAUUUUUCUUUUGAUAAAAAUAUUUAUUAAUACGGUGUUUAUUUUCUUUGCAUUGAUUACAGAGAAGAGUUGAAAAGUAUUGUGCUGUAUUUUGUUAUAUUAGAACACUGUAGAUGAGCUUUCUAAACUCUACAGCCCUUCGAUGUAGUAUCCUGAAGAUUAACGCCAAACAAUUCAGUCGAUAUAGCCCAGUGUAAUUUGGUAAUUGUUUGAUGUUAAUCUUAAAGAUUUGGUUAAACAAUGUUUAUAUUUGUUU